UUCCCGCCCAUCGAUGCCUCGGCGCUCGCCCCGCCCUCCGCCGUCACGCCACCGCUCCCGGGCAGUUGGGACGCCGAGCGGGUGGGAGCGCGGCAGGCCGUGGCCUCCCACCGCCGGGGACACGCACCCCUACCUCAGCGCGGAGGAAGCUGCGAGGGACGAUGCCGGUGCCGCGCCGUUCGCCCCCGCGCUUCGUCACUGCCAGGCGGCCGCGCCGCUGCUGAAGCCGGGAGCGAGCGCUGACCCGCCGCCAGCGGCCGGCCAUGGCGGCCGGCUGCCCGCCGCCCUUCGGCGACCCGGGCGAAAUGCGAGAGGGGUUCCUGUGCCCCCUCUGCCUGAAGGACCUCCAGUCGUUCUACCAGCUUCAGGCGCACUACGAAGAAGAGCACUCGAGUGAGGACAGAGACGUCAGAGGACAGCUCAAAAAUCUAGUUCAGAAGGCCAAAAGAGCAAAGAAGAAAUUGCUGAAACAAGAAGGAGAUGACAGAACUGAUUCUGGAUCUCAGGAACGAUACGAGUCAUUCAGCUAUGGUGGAGUAGAUCCAUACAUGUGGGAGCCCCAGGAAGUAGGUGCUAUGAGAAGCCAUCUUUCUGAUUUCAAGAAACACCGAGCAGCCAGGAUUGAUCACUAUGUAGUUGAAGUCAAUAAGUUAAUAAUCAGGUUAGAAAAGCUUACAUCGUUUGACAGAGCAAACACUGAGUCAGCUAAAAUAAGAGCUAUAGAGAAGUCUGUUGUGCCUUGGGUCAGUGAUCAGGAUGUUCCGUUCUGUCCAGACUGUGGCAAUAAGUUCAGUAUUCGAAACAGACGGCACCACUGCCGCCUUUGUGGAUCGAUUAUGUGCAAGAAGUGCAUGGAACUUGUCAGUCUUCCUUUGGCAAGCAAACUCACUAGUGCCAGCAAAGAGGCCUUGGGUUCUCAUACUAGCCCGAACUCCUCACCUAAUAGUGUCCAUGGUUCCCGCCGUGGCAGCAUUAGCAGCAUAAGCAGUGUGAGCUCAGUUCUGGAUGAGAAGGAUGAUGACCGUAUCCGUUGUUGUCGGCACUGCAAAGAUACCUUGUUGAAAAGAGAACAACAGAUGGAUGAGAAAGAAUACACUCCGGAGAUUGUGAAACUCUAUGAGAAACUCCGACUCUGCAUGGAGAAAGUUGACCAGAAGGCACGAGAAUACAUAAGGAUGGCAGAAUCACUAAAUGCUGGGGAGACAACCUACAAUCUUGAGCACGCUAAUGACUUGAGGGUGGAGAUUCAAAAAGUAUACGAAUUUAUAGAUGCCUUAAGUAAGAAGAUUUUGAAUCUAGGCUUGCAUGAAGAUCCCCAACCUCAUCCUAAAACACUACAACUUCAGAGAAUGAUAAGAUACUCAGCUACACUUUUUGUUCAGGAAAAACUGCUUGGCCUAAUGUCCCUGCCAACCAAAGAUCAGUAUGAAGAACUGAAAAAGAGAAGACUGCAUACGGUGGCUCUUGAAACACAGGGAAAACAAGAGGAAAAGCAGAAAGACUUUAUCUCCAGAGCUGCCAUUAAUGGUGAUGCAACUCACCUUAAAAAGGGAACAGUGAGAAAAUCUGAAGGCUGGUUACCUACAUCUAGUGUAUCAAGGGAGAGUGAGAUAGCGGACCCCCUCCUCCAGCAGAUUGACAAUAUCACGUCUUUUAUUAAGCAAGCAAAGGCAGCUAAUAGGAUAGAUGAGAUCCAUAUGUUGCAAGAGAACCUGAGGCAGCUUCAGGAUGAAUAUGAUCAGCAACAGACUCUGAAAGCUAUCGAGCUUUCUAAAAAACAGGCAGAAGAGGAAGAGAUGCAGAGGGAGGAACUUCAGGUCCUUCGUGAAAAAGAGUGGGAAAGAGAACACCAGAAGUUCAUGUCUCGGCACUCAAGGACAUGCUCCUUAGACUUCAGAGAAGUCAAGCAGCAUCAACAUGAAGUUGCAAAAGAGGACUGGAACUUGACAGCACAUGCAUUGGAUUUGGAUAUUACUCAGAGCAAAGGGGACCCAUGUUCUGAAACUCCUGCUGUUGAGCAGCUGCCAGCUACAGAGCACUUGACCUUCACACUCAAACCCCAGAAUGUCCCACAGCGUGGCAAAGAGCAAGACCAGACAGCCUGUCUAAACCCAUUUGAAGAUGAAGCAGAUACCCCUCAGUUACAGGAUGAUUCUACUAACCCAUUUGUCAAAGAGACUCCUCCAAUGGCUUCUUUCUCUGACACAGCUCUGCAGAGUGAUAAAAAAGAAUAUAAUCCAUUUGAAAAUGAAGAGGAUGAACAAACAAAUGGAGCACCUGGCAGUGCUUCAAAUCCUUUUGAAGAGAAUGAAAAUCCAUUUCAAAAGCCUGGGGGCAGUUGGAAUUCUGGGAAUCCAUUUGAAGAGGGAUCUUCCACCAAUCCCUUUGAAGUGGAGGAUGGCAAUGAGAUCUCUGGAGAGGAGGCUAUAGAGGAAGAGCUGCUUCUCCAACAGAUAGAUAAUAUCAAAGCUUAUAUAUUUGAUGCCAAACAUAGUGGACGAAUGGAUGAGGUGGAGGUACUGACAGAGAACUUAAAGGAACUGAAGCACACAUUAGCAAAGCAGAAGAAAUCCAACUGCUGAAGCAGCAAUAGGGCUGUGUAAUAAUUAAGUCUGCUGUUAAGUAUGGGAAGGUAGAACAGAUACUUAUAAACAGGAGUACAGAUCACAAGAGGGAAUUCUGAGAAUCUUGACUUUUAUGCACUUUCAGUUAGGCAUUUCCACUACUACUUGGUCUUGAAGAAAGAAUUAUUGAGGUAUGCUGCUGGUCUCAAACACUUGUACUAAGAAAUUUUAAAAUAACUCAUUACAACAUCAUUUUAAUGCUAACUCGUCCUAUUGCGUGCUUAUUCUGGUUACAGUGGUUAGGGAACUAUGAUUUGGAAAUGUUUGCAAUGUUGGUUUGUCAUCUUUUCCCCCAUUCUGUUGUAGUAUUGACAUUUCAAGUGGGGCUUUGACUAAAGAAACACAAGAUCUUUUCUAAAACUUCCACAUCCUCUGAUAAUGGCACAGUGCAGUGUUACAGGCUAGUGCAAUUGCCUAAUGGUGUUAGGAGAAAGUGCUGUUAAAAGGCUGCUGUGAUUCUUUGAGGUGCAGGAUGUACAAGCUUGCAGAUCAAUUUUGUGCAAUGCCAAUACAUAAAUGGGAUCUUAAGGCUGAGAACUUUAUAACUGAUCUUAAUAUAGUAACUUUUUAAUGAGUUUAUAAAAAUUCCCAAGUAAAAUUUGGAUCAACUUUACUUUUCCAUUUGCUCUGAGCACAAACUAUCAUGUAGUAGAGCACACUGUGCUGGCUUCAGAGAUCUGCUUGUGAGGGAACAAGUGUCUACUCAGUUCCAGGGAAAAAAGCAUCAGGCUAGCACCAUUUCACACUAUAAUAUAAAGGGUGACCCUCCAAUUCCUAAUGAUUUUAUGGAAUGUGUUACAGAUUCCUUUAAAUUCUCUGGGUGACAGAAUGAUCAUGUUUAUUUGUGAGACUGGAACCCUUUCUUUGUAGCAUUCAAGAAACAAAAGUCUUGUUUACAAUGGAGAGCUGAAGUGCCACUGAACUGGAAUUGUGUGAAAGCUGGAAGACAAAGUCUGUGGCUGCAGUAGUGCCAAACAGCAAUUCUCUUUCAUAUUUGAUGCCCCUCAGAAGUUGUUGGGAGAAGCAGGCAUGUCUGUCUUAAAUAAGAAGCUCCACACUGGAGUAAUCUCGUGGAUCCUGUGGUCUGGGGGAAGACUAGUGAUGGAUGGCCAGCACCUGUGGUGCAGGAGGGCUUAGAGCUGGGCUUCUGCAGAUUGGUGGCAGAAAUGUAGGAUAACUUUAGGGUUAGGUCUGACUGUGCCUGCAAAAAUCAGAGCCUGAGCUCUGAUUUUUAUCUUUGAAAGGCAGAGGUCCAUCAUCAGACGUGUUUGAAAGGGUGGUGGGGAGGGUUUAGUCUAAAGGGCAUGUUUAUUUUAAGAUGAAAUAGAGUAAUAUCAGGCAGAUCACGCUGUAUAGCACAGUAACAGUGGGCUUACUCAGAAGUGUAAACUUUUUUGGAACAGGACAUGUCUUUUUAAUAUGUAUUAGCAUAGCUGUAGCCUAAGCAUUGCAUAUUUUAGAGACACAUAAUUACACAACCUAAAGAGCAGAAACUCUCUAAUACUUUUAUUUUGCUGUAAGUAAGUGUAGCUGGGGACUUGUGGAACUGUUUUAGAAAAACAAACCACUUAUAUCUUCACUUAAUAGCACUAGUAACUGUUCAAAAUAACUGAAAGCAGCCAGUUAAGGACAACUGACUUUCUUCUUACUAUAGCCUACCUCUGAAGUUAAAAGGUGUGGAACACAUUGUCUUAAGACCAUGAAAUUUUUAUACUGAGAUGUUUUAUUGACUCCUUGAGUAUUAUUUUGCACCAAGCAAAAUGAAGAAGAGCAUUCCGAAAGGUUGUAAACUAACAAAACACAUGCAGUGUGCCACCAGAUUUAUGAAGGCAGCAAAAAAGAAAUGUUGAGAUAGCUGAAGAUAAGCCCUGGAAUUGUUUAACAGAAAUAGUACAAGGUAGUUAUUUAAGGCAGACUUGUUUGCUAGCCAAGAGGAUUGCUCCCUGCACUGUAACACAAAGGUUUUUUUUGGUAUCAACAUGAAAAACAUGGUUUUGGCAGCUUCAGCUUUCACAUUUAAAAAGUGGGUUUUCCCCUUGUUAGAGCUGUCCUGCCUUGUUUGUAUUUUCAGUCUAAUACACUAAUAAUUGAAGUAUCCUUAUUGUACACAGUAAUGUAUUUUUACAAGCAGAUAACAGACUAGCAUACCUCAUGAUCUUUGCCAGUGUUAAAUGUGCCAGACUAUAGACAUCCGAUACUGAAGUCAUCUCCAAAGUGAAGACCUUACGCCUAGUAUCUGGACUGCCGUGAGGCUCACAAAGGCACAACAGAACGAAGACAUCUUAACCAUAAAGCUCAAUAACUAGGAUUGACUUUUGUUAAAAUUGCAUGCACUACUCUGUAUGGAAACUUUGUAAACAGAGAUGAAAUAAAACAUGUUUAUUUUGU